AUGAGUAACGACGACGAUUCUUCCGUCGCUGCUUUGCAAAAGUGGAAAGAAACGUUCAAACGUGUCCGCCGCGUUUGCAUCGAUUCGUAUCUUUCCCGAGGUGAAUUGGAAAAAGUGAGAGAGGAGUACGAACGCGUUCGAGAGAGACAUCGUCGUCUUCAAAUCCCGGGGUGUCAUGUAGGAAGGGGCGAAGAAGACGACGAGCAAUGGAUCGUGCGCGAGAAUGGAUGCGUGCUCUCUUCCUUCGUGUGUGAUUGCGCUUUUUACAACAACGACGAGAGAAGAAACAGUUGUUGGACAAAUACGAGAAAGAAAGAGAAGGAGAAGGCGGAGGAGGAGGAGGAGAACGCGAAAAGAAUCAUCGCAAAAGCGGUCGCGCACGAGACGUGGAACCAUCGAGAGUGCUCGAAAUAUACUCACUCGGGGAGCAUUUUUGGGAAAGAAGUGAGCGAGUUGGCGAUGACGGGGAAGAUUGGACACGCGGCGGAGUUUCUGUUGAGAGCGAUCGAGGAGGAGGAGGAGAAGGAAGAAGAAGAAGAAGAAGAAGAAGAAGAAGAAAGAGAAGAGAAGCGCUUGAAAGCGACGCGAAAACGAAGAAGGGUCGUUGGCGAUGCGCGCAAAGAAAGCGAUAGAGCGUACAUGUUUAACGACCAGUACAUCGUGAAACCACCGCACGUGCGCGGCGUGGAGUUUCCGUGGCACCGGGACGGGCAAUACGAGACGUGGAAAACUCCCGAAACAUCCGUCGCGUUGCCGUACCUUUCUGCGUGGGUGGCCUUAGACGACGUGAGCGAAGAGAAUGGCGCGUUGAGGUUUAAGAAGAAUGAAAAAGAAAGGUUCGGUCCCGAUGUCGAUGUUGCGUCGAUUCGAGACGAAGAAGACGAUACCAUAGCGACCAUGAACGCCGGCUCGGUUGUCUUUUUUAUGAGCGACGUUUUACACGCGAGCGGGAAAAACAUGUCGGAAGAGACGCGGCGCGCGUGGAUGCCGCAAUUUAGUUUAGGAUUGCCGAAAGAACAGGAGGAUAGCAGUAGAAAUAGCGAUAGCUUAAGAUGUUUGCGGACAGCACUUUCUGAUUUUUGA